GCAUUUGUUAAUUGUCCAGUAAACCCUUUAUUUAAAUUUUUUUUCUAGAAACCCAUUAUUAAUACCGAACUCAAGAGUAGAUAUUUUCUGCUGUGUAUAUAUACAUAUAUAUACAAUAAUACACACACGCAACUGAUAAAAGGGGCAAUUCAGUAAUUGAAGUUGGAGCUGGAGAUAACAACAAAUGGCUGACCACUCCGACGAUUUAGACCAACUUCUUGACAGCGCUCUGGAUGAUUUUCAGAGCCUUAAUCUCGCAUCUUCUGCUCAAAGAGGUGUGGUUGAUAAUGGUGAUAAGAAUAGAGAGAACAAGCAAGAGCAUUGUACAUUGGCUGGUGGGAAUGUUCAAGGGUUGGGGAUGGGGUUGCCCGAUUUGAAGAGCAAGAAAAAGGGUAAACAAAAGGUACCACCACCGAAGCAAGAAUCACACGUUACAGAGGCACUUGAUCAGCUGAGGGAGCAAACUAGGGAGGCGGUGAAAGGGUUGGAAUCGGUGUCUGGGCCUCGACCACCGAUAGCUGGAGAUGGCUUUGGUGGAGAGCCAAUGAUAGAAGAUUGGGUCAAGCAGUUUGAGGAGCUUGCAGGCACACAGGAUAUGGAGUCAAUUGUAGAAACCAUGAUGCAACAGCUCCUGUCCAAGGAAAUCCUUUAUGAACCUAUGAAAGAAAUUGGUGAACGCUAUCCAACAUGGUUGGAAGAGAAUAAAGCUAAACUCACAGAUGAAGAGUACACUCGAUAUUCUAAUCAACACCAGUUUAUAAAAGAUCUGAAUCAGGUGUAUGAAGCCGAGCCUGAAAACUUCAACAAGAUUGUUGAGCUUAUGCAGAAAAUGCAAGAGUGUGGUCAACCACCGAAUGAUAUUGUGCAAGAGCUUGCCCCAGACUUUGAUCUAUCAAAUCUCGGACAAUUGUCUCCCGAAAUGUUUGAGUCUCAACAGAAUUGUAGUAUUAUGUGAGCGAAGAUACUGGCCCUGGGUCCUGAUAAUUUGCAAGUUAUAAAAUAUGUGGGCCUCACUUGUUAACUAUCUUUGUUUUAAAUCCUGUUCUUUUGCAUUAGGUUAAUAAUCUACACCAUUCCUAAGGUUUUUCAAGCAGUUUGUAACGGUUUUGUUUGUAUAUGCUGCUCAUUGCACAAUUUGCUCUCAAUUGUCUCAUUAAGAAAAAGUUUUAUAAUUGAUUUGACUGGUUGAAUUAAA